CCACCAUAAAUUAUAUCUCGAGUAUUCAAUUCGUUAGGUAUAUAUGCAUAUUUUCGAUUCGAUUCAGCUCUCCGAGUCGGAUCGAAUCGACAAAUCCGGAUUCAAUUCGAUUCAGGUAUAUAUAGACCUAAAUCCUGAUUCAAUUCGGAUUCAAAUCGCCAUACAAACGGGGUAUAUAUUUCUCGUUGCAAGAGUGGAAGGAAUAAUAAAAAAAAAACUACUGUUUCGCACUUUUUGAAAAAUAAGUGAAGACACAAGCCGGUAGCCUUACGUAUUUAUUAUCGCUAUAAAUAAACAUUGUAAUAUUUAUACAAAGCGGUUAACUCUCGCCCAAGAAAUCCGCUGCCAGCUCUUGGUCUAAAGGCAUUAUUGUAUUUGGAGAAAGCACUCGGAAGCUAAUUUUAAAUCCUACGUUUUUUGCUCGUUUUCUUUGACUUUGAUAAGUUUUCAUCCGUCGAGUGCAGUUGAGAGCGCUGUUCCCCUCCGUUUCGUACGACGCUUCAGUCAAGAGACUGCUUCGGUAUGGAAAUAGACAUUUUAAAUAUAUCAUUGCAAGAAGUAAAGCAGGACCUUUGUAAAGCAAUUAUCGAAUGCAACAAACGGGGAUUGUUACAAAGCGUCAAAUGGUUGGCCGAAAUGAACCAUGGACUUUCAUAUUUGCAAACUACAACAGACUUCCAUGAAACUGUGAACAGUGAUUUGAGCAAAAUAGAUUACAAUAACUUUUAUCUGGCUAAAAGCUACUUUGAUUUGCGUGAAUAUGAACGAGCCGCAUAUUUUACACGAGAUUGUGAAUCUCGAGUACCCAAGUUUUUGCACUACUAUUCCACCUACAUGUCUAAGCAAAAAAGGCAACAGGAAAGUGUAACAGAUAACUCGAAUCUCACCGAUAACCCACUGGCAAAAGAUAUGUCGGAUCUUUUGUCUAGUUUAAAGUAUGAAUAUAGUCAACAAAAGUUGGAUGCGUAUGGAUUGUAUUUAUAUGGAGUGGUUCUUAAGAAUGUUGGCCUAAACGAUAUGGCAAGGCAUAUUUUUGUUGAGUCAAUACAAGAAACUCCAAUGCUUUGGAGUUCAUAUUUAGAACUGGCACCACUAAUAUCUGAAAAAGAGGAAGUUCUUGCUUUAAAUUUACCAAAUCAUUGGAUGAAACAAAUUUUUCUUGCACAUGCUUAUAUCGAAUUACAUCUUAAUUAUGAAGGCUUAAAACAGUAUGAAUAUUUAAAAGCCGCGGGUUUCCAAAAUUGUAUUUAUAUAACUUCGCAAAUGGCUCUAGCAUACCAUAACAAAAGAGAGGUUGAUAAAGCGAUUGAAGUUUUUCGAACUAUUCAAGAAGUUGACCCUUAUCGGCUAGAUAACUUAGAUACGUAUUCUAAUUUAUUAUUUGUUAAAGAAUUAAAAACUGAAAUGGCUUCUUUGGCACACAAAGCAUUAUCGAUUAGCAAAUACAGACCUGAGACAUGCUGUGUUAUAGGUCAGCAGUUACGGUGUGGGGGCAGUUUGGUUGCACAUGUAAUUCCUCCCCUCUUAGAAUAGAGCGAUGGCCACAAUGAUGUAAUUGGGGAUGGAGCGAAAGACAUCAGUGUUGGUUGUUGAUCUUUGUUGCGAUGGGUUUUUCUUCUUAUUAUGAUUAUGGCUAUGAUGAUGAUUAUGACGGUGAGUAUUGAAUACAAUGCUGAGUAUGCAGAUAUGAGGUGCAGCACUUCUGUUUUUGCAUAAAAUUUUGCAAAGUUGGAGUUAGUGAUGAAGUUAUACUCCUUUAGUUUUUCCAGGUUAAGGUCUUCUUUGACGACUGUAGCUUUUAUAUGGCUGCUUGGGGGUGGUGGAAUGUGGAUCUCGUCCCAAAAGGUCUCGGGACUACCUUCAUAUGUUAGACCAUCGAUGCUGCAGUUCUGGAAAUGAAUAAGUGCUGUGCCUUAUAGCACACAAGUUUUUGUGCUGCAAGUAGAGUUAAUUAGUAAUUUUGGUGUAUUAAAUAUCAAAAUAUAAUUUUUUCCUGGUUGUAAAAUCUCUGAUGUUUUGCCUUUGUCGGUGAAAGGGCAAUUAGCUGCUUCGUUCUUCAUGAGUUUUCCCAUGCAUUCGGAGUCAUUGAUGUCUUCCUCAUGAUGUGCAUUCGUGCAGUAGAAUAUAGCUUAUAUCUUGGGGCAAGGUGUUGUAAAAUGCUGUAUUAUAAGUCUAGAAAGUCAUAAAUUUGCUCGUUAGAUUCGAUUUUAACAUUUUGUUUGACAAAUUUAUUUUCAAUAUAAUAGAGUUCUUCUGUAUUUAAUAGAAAUUUAGGAAUUAUAUUUAAUUUACUGAGAAUAACUGCUUCAGCAAUAUUUGAAAUAUGAUUUGUUAGUAAAUCAAUGUUAAAAUUUAUUUCGUUUUUAUAUUGUGUUUCUAGAAAAACAUGAUCUUCUCUUUUUACAGCAUUAUAAGUUUUUAAAAGGAAUUCUUCAGUUUUAUUUUGUUGGUUAUUAAUGUGUGAGGUGAUGUUUUUAAAUCUCUCUAUUGUUUGAGAGUUAAUUGCGUUUUGGGAUAAAAAUGUAUUAGUAAUAUUGGUAAGGUUUGAAUUUGUUCGUUUAUAGUUUGUGCGUCUUGCGCAUCCAUGUUCCCAGUUAUGAACUUAAUAGUUGAACCAAGUCCAUUAAUAAGACCUCUUUUGUUUCUUUUCAUAGGAUAUAAUGUAGCAAAUUUAUUUGUUAGUUCUUUAAGUUUUAGUUUUGUUACGUGAAUUGAGUUAGUAUAUGUAGCUCUUUUUUCGAAAAGGUUUAAUGUGUUAGUAAUUUGUUGUAUGUUAUUUUGAUAGUUUUCUAGGUUAACGAUAUGGAUUAAAUUAUAGUAAUUGAUCUUGAGGGUCCUAAUCGUAGGGUAAGUACGCCGCGAUCUUUCGAAAAAUUGAAGAUUUCUAUUAGUUGUGUUAUUACCAACGGAAUGCUGUAAAAAGGAUUACAUAAAAUUUUGUUUUAGAUUUUGUUUUUUUGUUAGUUUGUAAUUAAUAUGUUAUUCUAUAAAAUUUGUUUGUAAGCUUUUAAUCUGCCAUGAUGUUGCUGUCAUGUAACAUUGAUGUUCAGUGAAUGUAUUUAUGUUUUAUAUUUAUAGGGGUAUUUAUCUAGGAAUUUAAAAUAUUUAUUUUAAUAUACAGGGUGUCUCAAAAGUUAAAGUCGAAACGAAAACGGUAGAUAGGGUAGGUGGUGAGAGUUAUCAGAAAAAUAAUAAAAAAAAUCGCAGCCAUAUAUUUUGUGAGUUAUGGGCAUUUGAAUAAAAGUCGAAAAAAUAGUCACCCUGUGAAUAUCCGAGAUAAAAUUUAUUUUCUUAAAAAAUCCGACUUUUUUAUUAGGUAUUUUUUCCAUAUUAUUUUAGUUUUGUACAAUUUCAGAACCUUUCAGAAUACAAAAACUUAAAUAAUAUGGAAAAAUAACCUAAUAAAAAAGUCGGAUUUCUUAAGAAAAUAAAUAUUAUCUUGGUUAUUUAUGGAUUAUUCUCAACAAUGUUAUAUGUUAUGUUUUGAAAAGAGAAUUGAACACACCAACUUUUAAGGUAACUUGCCGAAACAUCGUAGUGCAUUUUUUUACACUACGGUUCAUUGAAUUAGAGUCAUGUAAAAUUUUUUAGUACUUAGUUGGGCAAAAAAGUGAAAUUUUCUUUAAAACUGAUGCAGCUGAAUAAAAAUUUUUGAAUGCAUUUGGUGGCAGGGUUAUUCAAGGUUCCGUAACAAAAGAAAAAAAUGAGAAAAAUUAAGAUUUGUAGUCACGGCACUCACAGGGUGACUAUUUUUUCGACUUUUAUUCAAAUGCCCAUAACUCACAUAAUAUAUGGCUGCGAUUUUUUUUAUUAUUUUUCUGAUAACUGUCACCACCUACCCUAUUUACCGUUUUCGUUUCGACGUUAACUUUUGGGACACCCUGUAUUUAGGAAAACAUAAAAUUAUUAUUAUUUUAUAAUCUUUGAACAACAACAACAUCUUGAAGGUGCUACCACCAAGUGUUUUAUGGCUAGAUUUACAGUACUGUUUCACGGACGCCAAUCCGAUCAUCAGACUCCUUUAUUCCAUUUUGUAUGUGGUGCUUAGUCUAGUAUUUUUUCAUUUAAUUUGAAAAACUUUUUCCGUCACACUUGAGUAUUGAACCUAGACCAAGCGAGUUCAGAAGCCAGUACACUACGCACUGCGCUACCUCUCCCACAUGAUUAGCUUCACCCAAUUGUAGGCUUUAUAGUUCAUCAACAUUCAAAUGAAUAGACUUAGCAUUUUUACUAGCUCUUUCAAGUAUGUAUAUUGUUAUUCGGCUCUUUCAUGUUUUUCUCCAUACACUUAGGCAUAGCAACAAUUCGUUGCAUAUACGAAAGGAGGAAAGUAAUUAGAAAGAUGUUAGGCGCGGGCCCUGAUUA